AUGGCGGCGUCCAGCCUCCCCACGCCUCUGCAUGGGCACGUGGGCCGCGGGGCCUUUCUCGACGUGCACGAGCCCGCGGAGGACACAUUCCUGCUGCUGGAUGCGCUCGAGGCGGCUGCGGCCGCGCUGGCGGGUGUGGAAAUAUGCCUGGAAGUAGGGUCCGAGUCCGGAGUGGUGUCCGCGUUCCUCGCUUCUCUUAUCGGCCCCCGGGCUCUGUAUAUGUGCACUGACAUCAAUCCCGAGGCCGCAGCCUGUACACUGGAAACAGCACGCUGCAACCAAGUUCAUAUUCAACCAAUCAUUACAGAUUUGGUCAAAGGCUUGCUACCGAGACUGAAGGGGAAAGUUGAUCUUCUCGUGUUCAAUCCCCCCAUGUGGUGACUCCCCCUGAAGAGA